UUCCAUUCCAACAAAAAAUAAACUUCUUUUUACACUAUCGUGACUAAAUGGGAACAAAGAUCUCCUCUGAUUUUCCUUAGCAAUCAAACAAAAUUCAAACCAAGAAAAAAGAAAUAAAAAAGAAAGAAAGAAAGAAAAGAGAGAAAGAGAGAUGAGUGGUUGUACCAGCACGGUAGAGAGAAUCUAGGAAGAGAUCAUACCAGGAAAAGAAAAGAAAAGAAAAAAAAAAAAACAAUAAGAACAAUAACAUCUCUCCUGCUUCUCUGCAAUUUAAGAAAAAAAAUAUAAUAAAAUCUCUUCUACUUCUGCUGUAAACCCACAGUUGCUUCUCACCUACUUCAUAAAAACCCCACGGAAUAACCCCACACAUCUCUCAUCUCUCUCCCUCUCUCUCUCUGAAGCUGCUGUAUAUAAGGGGUUCUUGUGUGUGGUGAUAUAAGGAAUAGCAGAAGCUAGUACUGGGUAUAAUUGGGUUGCGCAGUUUUCUUUCUGACCAAAUGGAGGAGAAAUCAGGUCUUAAAAAUACACAUCAACAGGAACAAGAGCAACAAGAGGCACAGCAAGAUCAGCAGCAGGAGCAGGAGCAACAUUUUCAUGUCUUGGCUGUGGAUGAUAGUCUUCUUGAUAGGAAGCUUUUAGAGAGGCUGCUUAGAGUUUCUUCUUAUCAAGUAACUUGCGUGGACUCUGGGGAUAAAGCAUUAGAAUAUCUGGGAUUGCUUGAAAAACUAGACAAUGCGUCUACAGCUUCUUCUUCAUCAUCAUCUUCUUCUUCUUCUUCCUCCUCUUCCUCUUCCUCCCACUCCUCCUCUUCCUCCCAAUCAACACAACAUGAGGGUAUGAAAGUCCAUUUGAUAAUGACAGAUUAUUGCAUGCCUGGGAUGAGUGGCUAUGAUUUACUCAAAAGAGUCAAGGGUUCUUCUUGGAAAGACGUUCCAGUCGUAGUUAUGUCGUCUGAAAAUAUACCUUCUAGAAUUAGCAUGUGCUUGGAAGGAGGAGCUGAGGAAUUCUUGUUGAAGCCUCUUCAGUUAUCAGAUAUGGAGAAGCUGCAGCCUCAUCUUCUAAAAUCCCUUGACCACUCUUGUACUGAAGGAAUGGACAACAGUGGAAGCACCAACAACAACAAUAACAACAUCAAUAAUAAUAUUAGCAAGAGGAAGGCAAUAUCUCCUGAGCCCCCAGAAAGAAGACCUAAAAUGAAAGGACUAGCUGUUGUAUAGAUUUAGCUAGCUAGCUAGCGAGCUAUAUAUAUUGCAUAUAUAUACAUAUAUAUAUUACAUAUUUUUCUAACUAAUAUAUGCAUGGCUUAAUUAUAAUAUUGAGUGUGAACUUUUCCUCCCAUCAAUUCAUAAAUAUAACUGAAGUACGUUUUCUUAUAAUAA